AUGAUUGAGAAUGAAUUGCUCGACUUGACGGACAACAAUGUCAACGGGCUUCAGAAUGACGGAAUGAUGGAACACGAUUUAAGAGUAUUUAGCUAUGCAUCUGUUGUGGCUGCCACAGACAACUUCUCCAUUGAAAACAAGCUUGGUGAGGGGGGAUUUGGGCCUGUUUAUAAGGGAACAUUGGAAUCAGGACAAGAAAUAGCCGUGAAAACGCUUUCAAGAUGUUCAGGGCAAGGAACAUUUGAGUUUAAGAAUGAAUUGAUACCCAUAUCUGAACUUCAACAUACGAAUCUUGUUCGUCUGUUUGGAUUUUGCAUUCAUAACGAAGAGAGGAUGUUAAUAUACGAGAAAUGUCUACAGUUUUGGAGUACUAAUGCUUGA